CUGGACCUGUCAUUAAACAUCCUCUUCAUUCGCAUGGUGAAAGGCCGCCUUGUAGACUACGGUUUGAAGAAAUACGACAGGGUCAUGCGCUUCAGCCAGCGUAUCAUCAUUGUUUCUAUCGGGAUGGAUAUUCUUCUCAUAAGCAUGACGACUCUCAAGAAUCCCUUCGUUUAUACUCAGUUUCAUCCUGUCACGUACAUCGUCAAACUCCAGAUCGAGAUGACCAUGUCGCGUCUUCUCAUCAAGGUGGCUCAUUCCACCGGUAUCAAUGUCUACAACGAAAGGAAAGGCGCCUACACGUCGGAUAACGUCACCGUCAGUGGCCAAACCCAGAAGACGUCGGGUGCUGUGUGCGUGCUUUCCUACGCAGGAUGA